AUGAAACAAUUGGAUGCCAUAGGCUACCGCAAAUUCGAGGGUAUCUCCUUCAAAGAUGAAGAAUGCUUCUGGAAUACUCUUAGUAGAACUUUCCGACGGGAACUUCUCGACCAGUAUUGGUCCAAAAAAAACGCUCAUGCCCUCUAUGGAAAGUUUCGAGGAUAUCAAGGAUGUUUUUUGCGAAAGAUAAUGAGCUUUGGUCCGACAGAAGAUUCCCUUGAAGUAAACACAUAUAUACUCCAGAUUGAUUAUUUAAAACAAUCGAAAGAAACGUCAAAAAAUUUGGAAGAAAAAUUCAAACCAAUAUUAAAAAAAUUUGCUCGGAAAUGGCGGUAUUACAAUUGGACUUUCUCGCCCUUUAACGUUGCGAAGCCUCAGCAAUCCAAAUCAACAAAUGAAAACUCUUUACAAAAAGCUUACCACCUGAAAAUUGAGGAACAGAUCAUCGAUGAUAUAGACGCACAAACGAAUGGACACACUGGUCUCGUAAACCUUUGCGAACGCACGAUCAUGAAGCUUCUGGAAGAGCACCAACAAUGUGGAAUAAUGCAAGCACAUCAGUUAGACUAUGCAACCUGGAAGCUUUGCAGUGCCAAGUAG